UUUUUUGGAGGUAAAAAAAAAAAGUUUUGGAAAGUUGAGGGUUCUUUUUUUUUCUUCUUUUUUUUGAACUCGUGGAAAAAAAAAAAAUGGAUGCGGGUAUAGAGAAGGAAUGCAGUGCCUUGGGAGGGCUCUUCCAACUCAUCAUGAACGACAUGAAGGCCAGUUACCCAACGUGGGAGGACUUUGUAACCAAAGGAGCUAAGCUACAAUCACAGCUCAGGACGACCAUCGUGGUGACCGGAGCCUUCCUGGAUGCUUUUCAGAAGGUGGCAGACAUGGCGACCGGGACCAGAGGUGCCACCAAGGAGAUCGGCUCGGCGCUGACCAGGAUGUGUAUGAGACACCGCAGCAUCGAGUCCAAACUCAAACUGUUCACAACGGCUCUCUCAGAAGGCCUCGUCUCGCCGCUGGAGUUAAAGAUGGAGGAGUGGAAGAAAGUGGCAAGUCAGCUGGACAAGGACCACGCUAAAGAGUACAAGAAGGCCCGAGCGGACAUCAAGAAAAAAUCGUCCGACACCAUCAAGCUGCAGAAGAAGAUGAAGAAAGGGAAGGACGAGGUGCGCUGCCAGCUGGACAACGCGCUGCAGGACGUCAACGUGCGCUACGCCGUCCUGGAGGAGACGGAGAAGAGAGCCGUGUGCAGAGCGCUCGUAGAGGAGAGAGCGCGUUACUGCGGCUUCGUCGGCAUGAUGAAGCCCGUACUGGACCAUGAGAUCAACAUGCUGGGUGAGGUGACUCACCUGCAGACCAUUCUGGAAGAUCUGACCAACCUCACCGCUGAGCCCAAUAAACUCCCACCAGCCAGCGAGCAGGUGAUUUUGGACCUGAAAGGUUCUGACUUCAACUACAGCUAUCAGACUCCUCCAGCGUCCCCCAGUAACACUCUGUCGAGGAAGAGCAGCAUCAGCAGUAACUACCAGUCUGGAUCAGUGAGACACGUUCCCUCCUUGGACUCCAUCAGCUGUACUGUCGAUGGAGUCCACAUCCAGGAAGCCGUCGGCUCCGGCGCUCAGCUCGUUGCCGGGGGCGUCGGGGGGGCAGAGAACGGCCUGUUGCCCCCCCCCCUCAACGUCUACUCCCACCUCGGGGAGAGAGCUCGAGCCAUGUCGGCGUCUGGGAAGUCUUGCUCGGCCCGCGAUCAGCUGGCGUUGACGUUGGGUGCGUUGAAUUCGGACGCCCCGAGGAGCAGCAGGGACUCUCUGCACUGUUCCAGCGGCUACAGCACCCAGACCACCACCCCGUCCUGCUCCGAGGACACCAUACACACACACACUGUAAGAAGAGAGCCUCCCCUCUAUGUCGACUACGAGUCCAUCUCCCUCCACGGAGACGCCGACUCCUUCUCCCUGCACCACCUGUCCCACGGCGGCGGCCAGUCGGACUUCGACAAGUCCUCCACCAUCCCGAGGAACUCGGACCUGAGCUUCCAGUACCGGCGGUUCGCCCAGUCCAAGCGCCCGUCCUCCACCGUCAGCCUGCUGGCGGAGCCCGAGUUCCUGGGCCGGUCGGCGCACCACCAGCUGCCGUCGCACACGGCCACCAUCCGCCGCAAGCCGUCGUCCAAGCCGGCGUACCGCCGCGGCACCAUCAGCGGCGGCGUCCCCAUCCCCAUCUGCACGCCGCAGGUUCCCCCGAAGGCCCUCGCGGGGAACGCCGGCAGCGACGACAACGUGUUCGCGGCGCCCGGCGGCGGCGGCGCGGGAGGUUUGGGUUACAGUAAACUCUGCACCUCCACGCAGAGCCUCAGCGCCCUGCCGCCCUCCUCCUCCCCUUACUACCAGCUGGUCCCGGGUCAGAUGCCCAUCCCGGUGCCGGUGCCCACGGUGCCCUCCCUGCCACCGGAGGGCGGCAACGCCAAGCAGCAACAGCAGAGACAGUACCAGCAACAAGUGCAGCAACAGCAACUGAACAAGCAGCAGCAGCUGCAACGCAACCAGCUGCACAGCCAGCAGGUCCAGAUCCAGCAGCAGCACCACCAGCAGCAGCUGCAGCAGCAGUUUCAGCACCAGCAGGCGCUGCUGCACCAGACCCAGCAGCUGCUGCACCACCAGCAAGACCAGUACCAGGAGCAGCUGAACCAGCAGCAGAAGCAGAAGCAGUACCAGCGGCAGCAGCACCAGGCCCAGCUCCUCCGGGCCCCCGCCCCCCAGGCGGAGCCCUCCGGUCCGGGCCACGGCGCUCACUGCCAGCCCGAGGCUCCUCCGCCCGCCGGCCAGGACCAGGACCAGGACCAGGACCAGAUCCCGGAGCCGCCGACCCCGGAGGGCGGCGGGUGGAACAUGCGGAACCAGAUCAGAGCGGUGAAGCUCAAAAGGACCCUCACCAACGAUCGCUCCGCCCCUCUCCUGCCCGCUCCGGCCAAUCACAAAUGAGCACCGCACAAAAUCCAACGCGCAAACUUCCUGUCGACUUCCCGUCGACUUCCUGUCGGCUUCCCGUCGAACGCAAACUGUGGAACUUGAUGAUCUCUGGAACUCGACACGUGUCUUAUUUUAUUUGAUAAAGAUCUGCUUCCUUUUAGCCUGUUUAGUUUGUUUUUAAACAUUUUCUUUUUAGACUUUGUCGUCACUUCCUGUUAGCGAGCGACCGCCUUUUUGCCUUUUUUUUUUUUGGUUCAUGUUUGCAUUUCGAUUGUUAGUUUCCUCUUUUUUCUUACAACAACAGAUUGUUGAUUGUUGUCAGCUGAUCGUUUUUUUUUUUGGUCCCGGGUGCGUUUGAUUUCACCUUUUUUGCCUCGACUCCCAGGAGGGUGGGGCUUAGUCAGUAAGUCCUGUAGCCCCGCUGUGUCACCUGGUUGAACCAUGGUGUGUGUGUGUGUGUGUGUGUGUGUGUGUGUGUGUGUGUGUGUGUGUGUGUGUGUGUGUGUGUGUGU